AUGGAUUCAGAAAGUGCUAAUUCUGUUCAUCCCGUUGAAUUAUGUGUGUAUUCAACUCUUUCAUCUGAUUUGGAUAGCAUUUAUCAAGCCAUAAGUGAAUUGAGAAGGUCACAAGCGAUGUUAUUGUUUACAAUAAGGAAAAUAAGAGACUCCAUCAAGGAAGAGAAUGAUUCAUUGUACGAGAUUCAAGAUUUAGAGAUACCUAUUCAGAGAUUGAAUGAUUUGACCAAAAGAGCAAAUAAUUUGCAAAGAAAGUACGAUUUAUUGAAAGAGAAAACUUCAAGGCUUGCCAAGAAAGAAGAUGAAGAAUGA